GAAAGAUAACGUUGGAGGCAAGUUGCCUUUGAACAGCUCUCUGAAGAUCAACUGCCUCCCCAUCGCAUUCCUUGCCCUGAAGCUGUUUCCUCUGGUUGUGCUAAGUGGUGAGGCCCAAAGGCACAUCACUUUUCAAGAAUUAGAUCAUGAACAACUUUAUCCUCCUGGAAGAACAGCUGAUCAAGAAAUCCCAACAAAAGAGAAGAACUUCUCCAUCAAACUUUAAAGUUCGCUUCUUUGUUCUAACCAAAACCAGUCUGGCAUACUUUGAGGACCGUCAUGGGAAAAAGCGCACAUUGAAAGGCUCCAUUGAACUCUCCCGAAUCAAAUGUGUCGAGAUUGUGAAAAGCGACAUUAGCAUCCCAUGCCACUAUAAAUACCCAUUUCAGGUCGUACAUGACAACUACCUCCUGUAUGUGUUUGCUCCAGACCGCGAAAGCCGGCAGCGCUGGGUGCUGGCCCUUAAGGAAGAAACAAGGAAUAAUAACAGUUUAGUGUCCAAGUAUCAUCCUAAUUUCUGGAUGGAUGGGAGGUGGAGGUGCUGUGCUCAGCUGGAGAAGCUCGCAGUGGGCUGUGCCCAGUAUGAUCCAUCCAAGAAUGCUUCAAAGAAGCCUCUUCCUCCUACUCCUGAAGACAACAGGCGAUCACUUCAGGAACCUGAAGAAACCCUGGUUAUUGCCUUGUAUGACUACCAAACAAAUGAUCCACAGGAACUCAUGCUGCAACGCAAUGAGGAGUACUACCUGCUGGACAGUUCUGAGAUCCACUGGUGGAGAGUUCAAGACAGGAAUGGGCAUGAAGGAUAUGUACCAAGCAGUUAUCUGGUGGAGAAGUCUCCAAAUAACCUGGAAACCUAUGAGUGGUACAAUAAGAGUAUCAGCAGAGACAAAGCUGAAAAACUGCUUUUGGACACAGGCAAAGAAGGAGCCUUCAUGGUACGAGAUUCCAGGACUCCGGGAACAUACACAGUGUCUGUUUUCACCAAGGCUAUUGUAAGUGAGACCAACCCUUGUAUAAAGCACUAUCACAUCAAGGAAACAAAUGACAACCCGAAGCGGUAUUACGUGGCUGAAAAAUACGUGUUUGAUUCUAUCCCUCUCCUCAUCAAUUAUCACCAACACAAUGGAGGAGGACUGGUCACAAGACUCCGGUAUCCAGUUUGUUCCUGGAGGGAGAAAGCCCCGGUCACAGCAGGACUGAGAUAUGGGAAAUGGGUGAUCGAUCCUUCGGAGCUCACUUUCGUGCAGGAGAUUGGCAGCGGGCAGUUUGGGUUGGUACAUCUUGGCUACUGGCUGAACAAGGACAAGGUAGCCAUCAAAACCAUUCAGGAAGGGGCUAUGUCAGAAGAGGACUUCAUAGAGGAAGCUGAAGUCAUGAUGAAACUCUCUCACCCCAAACUGGUCCAGCUCUAUGGGGUAUGCCUGGAGCAGGCCCCCAUCUGCCUGGUGUUUGAGUUCAUGGAGCAUGGCUGUCUGUCAGAUCACCUGCGCAGUCAGCGGGGGCUCUUUGCUGCAGAGACCCUGCUGGGCAUGUGCCUGGAUGUGUGUGAGGGAAUGGCUUACCUGGAAGAGGCAUGUGUUAUCCACAGAGAUCUGGCUGCCCGAAACUGCUUAGUGGGAGAGAACCAAGUCAUCAAGGUGUCUGACUUUGGGAUGACAAGGUUUGUCCUUGAUGAUCAAUACACCAGUUCCACAGGCACCAAAUUCCCCGUGAAGUGGGCCUCCCCAGAAGUCUUCUCCUUCAGUCGCUACAGCAGCAAGUCAGAUGUGUGGUCAUUUGGUGUGCUGAUGUGGGAAGUCUUCAGCGAAGGCAAAAUCCCAUAUGAAAACCGAAGCAACUCGGAGGUGGUGGAAGACAUUACUACUGGAUUUCGUUUAUACAAGCCACGGCUGGCCUCCUCACAUCUCUACCAGAUCAUGAAUUAUUGCUGGAAAGAGAAACCAGAAGACCGGCCACCUUUCUCCAGACUUUUGAAUCAACUGGCUGAAAUUGCAGAAUCAGGACUUUAGCGGAGACUCAGUGCCAGGCCUCAGACUGCAGAGCCUGAAUGGGGAAAGGAAAUCCUCCCUCUACAGAGCAUUAAAAGCUGCUAUCAGCCCAGGACUCCCCAAGGCAAUGGCCUGUGGCACUAGUCUCUGAGUGCCAUGGAGGCAGCACCACGGCAGAAGCUGGCCCCGGGCCACAGGCAGCAGGCUCUGGCACUGAGCUGGGAGCCAGACCAGAGCAGCAGCGAUGUCUCUACCCUUCCUCCAGCCCCUUGUCUUGGGUGCUGCACAGACCUCAAUCCGACAGCUUUCAGGCAACAUUUCUUGCACUUCUUCUUAGAGAAAUGGAGAGACAGGGGAGGACCCUGCAGUGUUAUUUUUAUUUUUAUUUUAAACAUGGAUCUAAAGUUUGUGGUCAAGGAGCUUUUUAUUUGACCCAACAACACAGAACCCUGGAUAUGGGCGAGAGGAACAGGGGGAAGGGCUGGUGAGUUCAUUCCAAUCAGAAAGACUCUGCUCUGCUGUGGUGGUGCUGUGGGCCCCUGCCUCCUGCCCCAGAGGACAGUGGAGCAGCUGCGUUCACAUUAGAGGCCGGGUGUUCUGAAAAGCACCUUUAUGGCGUGUUACUCGCACGGUACCCUGCCACCUCUCUCUUUGAAGGGAGCACGAUGGACUGGGGUGAACGGUUCUGAUCCCACAGUUGGAGCACUGAGCGUUCUUUAUCUGGGCAGAAAGCGGGCAACUGAUGAUGAGAACCAGCUGGUACAGAGAAAGGCUUCGGGUGGUGAUCAUUCCGAUGUUUUUUUUUGAGCACCACGCCAGGAAGAUCUCCAUGCCUCCCCUUCUGCACAGCUCGCUUCUGUAGGUGUCCUAGGAGGAAAUGAUGGCUUCAGAACACCGACCCUGAGGACUCCAUCACCCUUUUUUCUGGCUUCCCGCAAUCAGUCCCCUCACUGCACUUUUCACCCUCGUCAACAGAGGGCAGCAUUGUGUCAGACAGUGUGGCCCUGCAGAAAAAUUGAAGCUUUUUUGGCCCUAGAAAUUUGCAACUUUAAGGUUAAGACUUCGAGUCUCCCCACAUUCUAUUUGAGGAACAGGGUUCUGUUCUUUCUCAAACCAUCUGGAUGGAAACUGAGUUAGGCACUGAGUGGGGUACUUUCAAGAUGUACACAGUUGCCUACUGAUGACUGAGCACUUAAAUAAGCAAAGUGACUAUGUGCUGCACUAUCGGCCUUACCUGCAGAAUCUCACUUUAUUCACCCUGAGUUCACACCAACCCUGUGAGAUAGUAUUAUUGUUCCCAUUUUACCAAUAAUGGAACUGCCCCAAGGGAAGUAUAGAGACAGAUUCUAUCCUACAUCUGACUCCAGGGCAUGGUUUCUUUAUUCCCAUUCAACACCGUCUCCUAUUGGGGAUGAAAGGGAUUGCAGAGAAGAUAAAUGGGAAAGGGAGGUAAGCAGGAGGCAGAAAGCCAAUAAAGAAGUCUACAUAGCACCACCAGCAGGUGAUGUUUCCCCCUCAUAGGCCGCUCUGGCUGGCGGCAUAGCCCUCCAACUUGGACUAGGAUUUUCCCUUUCCUCCUGUAUAUCCUCACCUUUUCAGAGUAAUCACUUUGGAGUUACUCAGUUAAUUAACCCUUUGAUUCACCCACUUCACCAGAGUCAUGUUGCCCAAAGCCAUUUAUAGAUGAGCUUCAAAGCAGCUGUAAAAAGAUUCUCCUGCAGGAGCGUAAACACUUCUUUUAAUUAUCGUUCCAACUGGAGCCAGCUGCCGUCUUCUUGGACACUUUUUGGGGAACGGUAUUCCCUGAUGUAACAGAGAUUUAAUGUUCCUACAGUGCUCAGAUAAAACCCUUAGAGAUUAUUGGAUAGUGUUGUAAAUUAGCUCUAAAUCUUACGAUAUUUUAACCAGCUGGAGAGUCAGAUGAGUAACUUUUAACUGUAAUUAUUGUGACACUGGGAUCCUCAAGAUAAAAGUCUAUCACUUAGAAGAUAAGCUUACUCAACUUAUCCUAAUUCACCCCUAUUUACUUUUUGGCAUUUUGUACAUUGUCUUUUGGAACCCUUAAUUACAGAUGAUUUCUGGAACAUCCAGCCGAGAAGGAAAACAUUGGAAUUGACUGAUUUCUAUGGUCUAGUUAGAAAAUUCCCUCUUGCAUAGUAUUAUUUUGUUCUCAAUCAGAUUCACUGGGGCCUUAACUGAAUAUUUCAAUAAUUCACCUCCCACUGUUUUAUCCUGUGAAAUGGGCUUCCUGCCUUUUUUUUCCUCUCAAAUUUUAAAAAUAGUGCCAUGUGUUCACAGGGAAUCCCCUUAUACAAGGCUUUGGUUCUAGAUGCAUUUUAUUAUCUUGCAUUUUGUACUUUUUGAAACUAUGUAUUUAUAUUUAGAUAGAUUGAAUAUUUAUUAGUGUACAGUCAUUGCUACGGUUCACAAUAAAAAAGUUACAGAUA